AUGUCCGUCAAGUUUAUAAGGAACCGAAGAGAACAGCGUAGUGAUCAAAUCAAACGUGACUUGCGAUCAUCAGUCGACACGGAUGUUGCCUCUGACCAGGAUGCUUUAGGACAAGAUCAAUCAGAGGUCGGCAAGUCAUUGGAGGUAAAAUAUGAGGACAGAAUUGAACCACAAGAUCCACAAAAACGGGAGGACAGAAUUACACCACAAGGUCCACACAAAUACGAGGACACAAUUACACCGCAAUUUCCACACAAAUACGAGGACAGAAUUGCACCAGAAGGUCCACACAAAUACGAAGACACAAUUACAUCGCAAGGUCCACGCAAAUACGAGGACAGAAUUGCACCAGAAGGUCCACACAAAUACGAAGACACAAUUACAUCGCAAGGUCCACACAAAUACGAGGACAGAAUUGCACCAGAAGGUCCACACAAAUACGAAGACACAAUUACAUCGCAAGGUCCACACCAAUACGAGGACAGAAUUGCACAACAAGGGCCACACAAAUACGAGGACAGAAUUACACCGCAAGGUCCACACAAAUACGAGGACAAAAUUGCACCACAAGGUCCACACAAAUACGAUAAGAGAAUUGCCCAUCAUGUUGCACACACAUACGAAGAUACACGCACUCUGCAGGUGGAGUAUGACGACACCACACCACCACAGGAGAAAACACCAAUGCUACCUGAUAGUGGUGAUGAAGAAAACAAUCUACCCCCUUGGGCUGAGAGGUGGAAGGUGCCUCGCUGCGACCUCAUCAUGGAUGAGCGAGUCCUCGGCAGUGGGAACUUUGGCGAGGUACGAUCAGGUGCUGUGAUGAAAGAUGGAGAACUGACAAGGGCUGCUAUCAAAAUGCUCAAAGGCCAUGCAUCGACGAGUGAGAGAGAUGAUUUCAUCGAUGAACUCCUCACGAUGACCUCUUUUGACCACCACCCUAAUGUCGUUUCUCUGCUUGGCGCAUGUCAGCAUCGACAGGUGCUGUACGUCGCCUUGGAGUAUCUUCCCCGCGGUGAUCUUCGCAGCUACCUGCGGACGGCUCGCUCACAGUCAGACUCAGACGACGAUGCCUUGUCUUCCGAUCAGCUGGUCAAGUUUGCCCUGGAUGUUGCCAAGGGAAUGGAACACCUUGCUAAAGCGGGGGUGAUCCACCGAGAUUUGGCUGCCAGGAACAUCCUACUAUCUGAAGGGCUGACUGCUAAGGUUUCAGACUUCGGACUGUCCAGAGGGGAAGAUAUCUACGUCCAAACAUCAAAGAGACGAGUUCCAGUCCGCUGGUUGGCUAUUGAGUCAAUCAGGUAUAAGAGGUACACGACAAAGAGCGAUGUGUGGUCUUUUGGAAUUCUCUUGUGGGAGAUAUCAACAAUAGGGGGAACCCCCUACCCGACCACCAAGAGCGAGUCAGUAGCCAAGAAGCUGAAGGGAGGAUACCGUAUGCCCAAGCCCAGCAACUGUGACGACAAAAGGUAA